AUGAGCAAGUCUCUGUAUUCCAACCCAAAACGCUUCUGGUCCUUCUUCAAAACAACCACUAAGUCUUGCAGAAUACCACAACAAGUGUCUUCUGCAAAUGGUACAAAUUCAUUGCGUACCAGUUCAAGCAACGCACAAGAAACAGCUAACCUUUUCAAUUAUUAUUUCAAUUCGGUGUUUUUAAAAGAGUCUGAUGAGAACUACAAUCCAGUUCCACCUGUUUCCAAUGAAUCCAUCACAGAGAUCAUCCUUGAACAGUGCGAAGUUCGCAAUGCACUCAACAGUCUGAAUCCCAAUAAAGCCUUUGGUCCUGACAACAUACCCACACGUUUAUUGAAGGAAUGUGCUUCUAGUAUCGCUCCAUCACUAACAUAUUUGUUCAAUAAAUCGCUAAACUCUGGCAAUCUACCGACGGAAUGGAAGCUCUCUAAUAUCGUUCCACUACACAAAAAGGGUAACAAAAGCUACGUUGAGAAUUACAGACCCAUCUCACUGAUGUGUGUGGUUGCGAAGGUUCUCGAGCGCUGCAUUUAUAAUCGAUUGGUAGAUCACAUUCAGAAAAUGUUAUCGGAUGAACAGCAUGGAUUUCUAAGAGGAAAAUCAUGUGUUGGCCAACUGCUUUCCGUUCUUGAUCGCAUCGGCAAAAACCUUGACAUGGGAUUGCAAACCGAUAUCUUGUAUCUGGAUAUUGCCAAAGCGUUUGACACCGUCGACCACAAACUACUUCUUCAGAAACUCUUUCAUUUCGGUGUCGCGGACAAAGUUUUAAACUGGUUUUCUAACUACCUUUCAGAGCGACAACAGCGUGUGUUAGUUCACGGUGCAACAUCAGAUUCCCUCCCAGUUAUGUCUGGCGUCCCUCAAGGGUCGAUCCUUGGUCCAUUGUUAUUCUUAAUUUACGUCAAUGAUCUUCCUUCGUCAGUGUCUUCACCAUCUGUAAACGUUUCUCUAUUUGCUGACGACACAAAAUGCUUUUCAACCAUUGAGUCCCUAAGCGAUGCAAGAAACCUAAACACGGAAUUUAAAAAUGUGCAGAACUGGGCGCAUAGUUGGCGACUGAAUUUCAAUGCAGAGAAAUGCAAAGUCCUUAGUAUCACCAGAAAAUGCUACCCAAUCGUUGCUGAAUACGUCAUCGAUGCCCGAGCUUUGCAACACGUUCCCAGUCAGAAAGACCUUGGAGUGACAGUUUCUUCUGACCUUACAUGGACUAUCCACAUACACGAGAAGAUUACCAAAGCGAACCGUAUGCUUGGCAUGCUGAAACGUUCGACAGGUCAUGUUAGAGAUGCAAGCACUAGACGUAGUUUAUAUCUGGCAUUAGUCCGAUCUCAUCUGGCCUAUGCGUCACAGGUAUGGAGCCCACAAACCGUAAGCAUGUGUGGUGAAUUGGAAAAUGUUCAAAGGAGGGCAACUAAAUUCAUCUUGGCUUUACCUUUUGAAACUGACACUUGCUAUAAAUCAAGAUUGUUGGCCUUAAACUUGUUACCACUGAGCUACUGGCACGAAUAUAUGGACGUUCUCCUUUUAUUCAAACUUACACGUGGAUUUAUUUCAUCUGAUCUCAAUAUCCUCCCAGAACAAAACAACAAAUUAAGGAUGAACCUACGGUCACAAAAUACCACCCUCGUGACAUAUCAUAUACCAAAAACUAAGACACUCUGCUAUCAGAACAGUUAUGCUGUUAGAGCUUCACGGAUAUGGAACACUCUUCCCGAUGAAUUACGUCUACCAGAGAUUUCAUACCAUCGAUUUAAAUCCCUCCUUUCCCAAUAUUACCUUACUGCCACCAAGACCACCUUCGACAAAGAUCACCCCAAGUCAUGGAAAACGAUAUGUCCCAAGUGCCAUCUAGCAAGACCAUUAAAAACGUUCAAGAACUGUUGUUUCUAGGACUAGCCUUGGUGGCUAAUGUGGACUUUGAACUGUAAUUAUAUGUAAAUAGAUAGAUGUGUUGUGUACGUUUCGAGUUCGAGUGGAUGUAUUGUUAGUACUGUCUGUAGAACCAGGGCAUCAACGUAAUUGGUUGACGCUGUGUUGAUGUACCUGCGCCGUUGUCGUUGUAUAAAUUUUUGGCGGCAAAGUUUAUAAAUAAAUAAAUAAAUAAAUAAAUAAAUAUUUGAUGAUAUGGAUAGUUCAGACUUUCCCUUAUCUUUGUCUGAAGAAGAUUUUGAAGACAUGGAAGUAAUUGAUGAUGAUUGGGAAUUGAUUAGAGAUUAAUAAGGAAUAUUUACGACUAAUUUAAUAUUGUCCAGAAAGAUCGAAAUCACAACGUAUUAAAGCAAAUGCCACGGGGGCCAGUGGCGUGGAGAGGGGCGCUAAAAUGCCAGUGGGGCGCUUUCAAGAGGGGCGCCGAAAUGCCAGUGGGGCGCUAAAGUUGCCAAGUUGACAAAUCUCAAUUGUUGGAGUGUACAAAACAACAUCCGUUUCAAUGCUUCGAAAUGUAAAGUACUCGCCAUUACACGCAAGAGAACUCCUGUCACUCAUGAUUACAAACUGGGAACAGAAAGUCUGACUCGAGUUGACAGUGAAAAGGAUCUUGGCGUCAUCACUUCCUCCGGACUUUCAUGGGAACUUAAAAUCAAUUGUGCCAUCUCCAAGGCUAACAAAAUUGUAGGUGUACUGAAACGAACAUGUACUCAACUGACAGACAUGUACGCCAGGCGAACUCGUUAUUUGACUCAUGUGAAAUGACAAUAAUGCUACGCAACGGAAUUAGUCUCGUCGCUCGUAAAUAACAUCCUACUCUCAAAGCGGAUUGAAAGUGUGCAACAUCGGGCGACGCGAUGGAUCAUAAUGAGCAGAAGAGGAGAGCUGAGUUACAAAGAACGUCUGUUGGCCUUGGACCUUCUGCCGUUAACCUUCGACAGGGAGGUGAAGGACUUGGUGUAUCUGUACAAGGCUUUGUUUGGUUAUGUUAAUGUUGAUGUCAGUAACUGUGUCUCGUUUGUCAGUCACGGUCCAACUCGGCUGAGUAACACCUCAAAGUAA